AUGCGGCGCCGAACUUUGCAAGUGGCACCAUACCCACCUGGACCAAACGCGUUUCCUUUCAUCGGACAUACAUUUCAGGUUCCAAACCAGCACACAUGGCGAUACUUUCACUGGCUGUCUCAAAAAUAUGGUCCAGUCGUGCGCUUGUCGCUUGCGGGAAACGAUACCGUGGUCCUUAGCGAUGCGAAGGAUGCAGAAGAGAUACUUGUUCACCGUUCGCACAAUUAUUCAUCUAGGAAGCAGCUUAUCUACGCUGGGAAAUAUCAGUCGCAAAACAAACGUCUGGUAUUACUCCCCUACGGUACAGCUUUGAAACAGCAAAGAGCAGCAUUUCAUCAAAUGCUGAAACCUCGAGUCGUCGGUGCUUAUGAAUUUAUGCAAGAAAUUGAAUCAACAAAGUUCUUGCUUGACUUUCUCGUUAGACCUGAAAACACUGAUAUGCAUUGCAAACGGUUCGCUGCGGCAAUGGUGUUCUACUUGAGCUAUGGAAGGCGACUCCCCAAUGAUGGGCAAGAUCUGAACGCCGUUCUCGCAGUGCUUGACAACUUCACGAAAGACACGUACCCCGGAGCGCACCUAGUCGAUACCUUACCCAUAUUAGAUCGGCUUCCAGAUUUCCUAGCACCAUGGCGCACGGAGGCUUGCACAAAGCACGAAAAAGAGAUGAAGCUCUAUAUCCGGCUUGUGUUGGAAGUGAACGAAGAGAUGUUGAAGGGGAAUUUCGGCAUAGAAUGUUUUUCGGCGCGAUUAUGGGAAAAGCAACGAGAUCUCGGCCUAGACAUCAAGGAUAUCGCUUACAUUGCAGGUUCUGCCUUUGAAGCUGGUACAGAUACAACUGCUGGAACAUUCCAAUGGUUUCUCAUGGCAAUGCUUUUAUAUCCCGACACCAUGCGCAAGGCGCAAGGGGAGCUCGACGCUAUUCUGGGAGCGGAUGGAAAGACGCUUCCCUGUUUUGCAAAUAUGAAAGACCUCCCAUACUGUACAGCACUGGUAAAAGAGGUGUUCCGAUGGUCUCCUGUCGCACCAGGCGGCUUCCCUCAUUACUCAGACACUGAUGACGAGUACAAAGGAUACCUCAUAAAAGCAAAGACCAUGGUUAUACCAUGUGUCUGGUCCAUGCACCGCAAUCCAAAGGAGUUUGCAGAUCCCGGUCGAUUCGAGCCGGAACGAUUCUUACGCCAAGGAGGCUGUGACGAGCCCGAAUCCCUAACUGAAGGACAUUAUGGAUUUGGCUUCGGCCGCAGGAUUUGCCCAGGCCAACAUCUUGGAUCAAAGACAAUCUGGAUUGGUAUCACGCGACUCUUAUGGGCCUUUACCAUUGAACCUACGUUGGAUGCAGAAGGCAAUCCCACCGCUGUCGACCCAGAUAACUGCACCUCUGGCAUGUCUUCCAAACCCAUCAAUUUACCUUUGCGUGUUACUGCGAGAUCUAAGCGUCAUGAAGAGACUAUACUGCGAGAGUGGGAAGAGCACUCAUCGUUCGGAUCAUAA